GCACUGAGAAUAAACCAUUCACACACGCUGUAAAAGCUUAGGAGACGACUGGAUACUCAAAUCGAAGUUACUCAGGGUGAACACUUCCUUUCAGUUGUCAACAACGGGUGUAAAGGGACACAUCUAGCUCACACACCGUUCAACUGUGUUGAAGACAACAGAAUAACAAUUAGCCGAACAAACAUUGUCUGCAGCCUGAUGUGUUGCGCAUAACUAAGUUUAGUGAAAAGAAUGUUGAACACAAUAAACGUUUGUGAUACAGUGGUUAACACUUCCCAUUCUUAACAUGGAUCCGGUUCACAGGGUCACCUGAAGCAUGCUCUGUGGAUGGUCCAUUUGUUUGUCUCACAGCCAAAUACGUCGCAUAUGACAAAGAUUUGAGGGCAUCAUUGUCACCAUCCCGUCUCCAGUUCAUCCAUGUGUAUAAUUUUCUUCAAGUUUGACCCCCGGCCUGCAUCCAAAAAUGCCUACAGGCUAAUUUUGGCUGCAAACAGAGAUGAGUUUUACAACAGGCCAUCCAAAGCUGCAGAUUUCUGGGGGAACAACAAUGAGAUUCUCAGCGGCCUAGACCUGGAAUAUGGUAAGGAAGGAGGAUCAUGGCUGGGAAUCAACAAGCGUGGCAAGUUGGCUGCAAUUACCAACUACAUGGAAGGAUACCCCAACCCUGACGCACAGGGAAGAGGAUUUCUAGUGUCUAACUACCUUAUGGACAAGGAUCAGGACAGCUACUCAUACCUGAAGAAGGUAUCGACAGAAAGCCACCUGUACAAUGGCUUCAACCUCAUCACAGCAGAGUUCAAAGCCAAGCAAGACAUUGUGUGUUACUAUGGAAACAGAGGCAGCCCUGAACCCGUCCAUCUAAAACCAGCAGGAAUCUAUGGCUUGAGUAAUUCAUUGCUGGACACUCCAUGGAAGAAGCUGCUGAAAGGCAAGCAUCACUUCAGCAGCGUUAUCAGCGACCAGUCCCUAUCAUGUGAUGGACUGGUGCAAGAGCUGCUCAAAGUCCUCAAUAAUGAGGAACUGAACAUACCUGAUCCAGUUCAGGAGAGCCAGGGUGAUGGUUUCAGCAAACCCAUGAUCCAGGCUGUGUCAGCGGUGUGUGUUCGCAGCCCUCAUUAUGGCACAAGGACCAAUACAAUUAUCCUGAUUGACGGAGAAGGUAAUGUGACCUUCACAGAGCGCACCAUGCUCGACUGUGACACAAGCAAGUGGAGCACCAAUUCUUUCCAGUUCAAACUGCAGGGGUGAAGACAUGAUGGAGGAAACCAGCUCUGUGCCUUUCUGCAUCGUCCACGCCCCCCUCCCCGUCGUCUGCACUUUUUUUUUUCAGCUAGUCGGCACUAGCUGCCUCUUUAACAUCAGCGAUAUGUAUUUCUUACUCUUGGUUUAAGUUAAAAUGUAUCUUUUGAUUGCCAAAGAACAUUUAGAAUUUUGUAGAGAAAAAUAUUUUAUCUACAUGUCACAAAACAGCAGUAUUGAGCUGCUCCAAAAAGUCUAAUCCAUUAUGAUUUGCUGGCAGCCUUUGAACUGCAAUCAAUACUAUUGUGCACAAGAUUAUUUUGAUGCAGUCCAAUUUAUUCUUGUUGGUGGUAGAUUUUUUUUUUCCUUUAAAUCUAUUAUAUGAAGUAAAUAUACACUUUAUGCACAAUUUCCUGACUGCAAUUUAAGAUAAUGUCCUUUAGCUGCAAGUAAUUUUCCCAUUUCAUACGAUAGGGGCUCAUAGUCACCAGCAAUUUUCUAGAUAAUGUGUUAUUUGACCUAAGAUCACAGUAAUUGUCACAAAUUAGAGAUGCCAACUUCUUUUUCAGUCUCUGAUUGCUGUUACUCUGUUACAGGUUAUUGGUUAUAGAUGCUCCAGCUGUGCACUAACAGUAGCCUUGGCGUUGGUUACAGAUUUUUCAACGUUAAAUGCAAAUAGUGUCAGGCACUCGGUCUCUGACCGCUUCCAUGGUCGAAUGAUUAAUUUUACAGCUGCUUGACAAUAAAAAAAGCAAAUUUACCCAAACAAUCACAUUCGGCUUGCCAUGAAAUGACUGCUGGCAAUCAUACACAAGCACACUGUCAGGAACACAAUUUCGUUCCUAACCACCUGUGUUCAUGCACCUGCCAGAUGAUUUCUGCUCUUCACUCUAUAUCAAAAUGACAACUGGCUCUUCUUCUUACUGGAUGUAUUUUACUGUUUCUUUCCCCACACACACACACACACACACACACCCCCACCUAAUCACACAGUUAAUUCAACAGGCAAAAUAAACACACUAACAUAAAGAAAGCUCAAGUGGUUUAGAAUUCAAACCGAAGAAAGCUUUGUGCAAAUAUUUAACACCUAUUAACAAUGCCUAGUAGCUCUCUUUACAUGCUGGACUAAAUGAGUUUGGAAGAGGCAUUUAUUUCAACAAUCCUGUGUGUAGAGUGAAAUGUUCAUGAGGGAACACUUUACCAGUGGUUCUCUGUUAUUGUCAGUUCUUCUGGCAGCCAUAAAAACAUAAGAACACACUUGACAUGACUUGUGAAUCCGCCCCCCCCACAUGUACUUUAGUCCACUAUAAUCUUUUGAAGUGUCCAUAGAGCAAUGUGGUUGCCCCAUGCACUGUACAGCAGACUUGAUUGUACUUAUUCUCUACAUUAGUCUGAUAGACCUUUUUCUCAGGUGAUACUUCGCCAUGACACAGUAGUGGAUGUACAGGUACAAAUAAUAAAAUGAAUGAAUGAAUGAAAUUCAUUUCACUU